CAAUUGUACAACCUGAAACACGUCUACAAACCCGCGAUUCGUGUAACCGUGCGGUACCAUCAAUUCUACAUUCACAGUAUCACAGCAUCUCACAGCACCUUGCGGUUGUCAAAGCGGAUCAGAGGGGAUGAUAGAUAUGGCGAAGCAGCCCUCACUGCCUCUUCCCCACUGUGGUUCAUAUAAAUUCAUGCAAUCCUCGUAUGACCUCCCUCAGUUUGAUACUUCUUUCCCCCUCCAGUUCUUGAGAAAACAUGAAUACCCAAGGAAUUCUUGCGGCGAUAACGAUUGUGAUGUAUAUCCCCUUUCUGUUUACUUCGUUUAAGGUGGCGUCCAAGUGCGGCAUAUGGCAAGGCCGGUGGACCUCGUUACUUGUAUUCUGCAUCAUACGAGUAUUGGGCGGAGCUUUCCUUGUCGCAGCAGAAAAGAUUACGCCUGCGAACAAUGGACUGUACACCGCGGGUUACGUGCUAGAAGUAGUUGGCCUAGCUCCACUGUUGCUUUCCACGCUUAGUCUGUUGCGCUUGAUAUUUGAUGGGCCUGAUGGCGAACCAACAGAUGAAUCUAUUUUCCACUCUCUUCGAACCUUCAACGCAGCAGGUGUACUCCUAACCCUCAUCGGUUUCUUCACUGUAUCACGUUCCAGCUCGGGUGCGAGCACCUUGCGCAAGUCAGGUUUCAUCCUUUUCUCUAUCCACUACAUUGCCCUUGUCGGCAUCUGCAUCUUUCUGUGGACCAAAGUGCGCCUUAUCAUGAAAUACCGCAAGCGGCUCCUGAAGGUGAUAUCCUUCGCACUUCCAUUCCUGGCCGUUCGGACGGUGUACGGUGCACUAUCCACAAUCACUACGGAUACAUUUACCGGUUCGACAACCUCAUCCAAUACUAGCAGCCUGGCAGAAUUCGACUUGGUCACGGGCAACUGGGAAAUCUUCCUCGUAAUGGACAUGAUCACGGAGUAUGCGAUUGUGAUCUUCUACACUAUUUCGGCCUUCGUAUUGCCUCUCGACCAAGAUUUCAAAGCCCCAGACUUUAUUGAAGAUGAGUUUCCCUUGAAUGGGCCUUAAUGGUGACCAUCGAAGCGCCGGCGUAUUAGGGUCGUGUCCAAUUGCGAAACAUGCAAUCAAGGUGUAUCAGGAGUUUAUUUAUUGUACAAAAUCACAAAGAAACAUAUCAUUCACGAUUAUGGAUCAGUAUGACUAACGUAUUAGAACAAGGCGCGGGUCGCCCUCGUGUCUCGUCAAUGCAACCAUCACUCCACAUCUGAAGCGACUUGGACUCAUUUCUGGACUUUACGACGCCAUGCUUCACUUUUUCACAUAAUCUCGCCC